GGCAAACUUGCGGUGCGAUCGAGCAUUGUUUCGGCGGAAAAGUUGGCUAAAACGGUGGCCAUUGGUUUUGAUUGAACAUUGUGAAGUGCUCAUUUUAUCCGUUUCAUCGUUCAUCGUGCCUGAAGUUCGCAAGCGAGCGUAAGAAUCUUCAUCUUCUCAUCCCUGGACUAGCAGUGAAUCGCUUUAAACGAUAGUAAGCCCGAAGCACACAGAGUAGAGAGGAAAAUGGCCGAAAAAUCGGAAAUACUCGUCACCAAGGAGGACAAGGUGAACGAUGCGAAGGAACUGUUUGGUCGUGGCAGCCGAAACUAUUGCAUGCGACAGUACUCGGAGGCGGCCGAUGAUUUGAGUUCGUGCUGUGCGCUGUACUCCGAGAUGCACGGCUCGCUGGGCGACGAAUGUGGCCUUCCGUAUCUGCUGUACGCAAGGUCAUUGAUUGCUUUAGGAAAGGACGAAAACAAUCUGAUCGUCCCGGGUGAGGACGAAGAAGACGAUGAUGACGAUGACGAGGAGGGCGCUGAAGAGGAGGAAGGCCCCGAAGACGCCGAAGGAGCCACCGAGAAGGCCGAGGGAUCCGAUGGAGCUGAAGAUGGCGAAGACCAGAAAGAGGGCAAAGAAGACGAAGACGGCAAAAUGGAAGCUGAGGAAACGCCUGCCGAGAAAGAGGUUUCAACUUCAGUGACGGAGGAAAAGAAAUCCAGCGAAGAAAAAAAGGCUGAAGAAAAAGAGUACACGAAGAAAGCGGAUACCGCUGAAGCCGAUAAGGCGGCGGAACCACAGCCAGGUUCGUCCACAUCGAAUGGCUCCGCGGGAGCCGCGGCGGAAGCGACGGAGGAUUCGGCCGGUAACUUGCAGGUUGCGUGGGAAAUUCUCGAACUGGCGGUCAAGAUUUUCGAAAAGCAGGGCGAAAAAGGAUACGAGAAUCUGACCGAGUGCUACUCGGAGCUGGCGGGCAUUUCGUUUGAAAACAGUCACUUCCAGGAGGCCAUCAAUGAUUACCAAAAAGCUUUGGCUAUUCACGGAAAAACGGACAAAAUCGAUUUGCGUCUGAUGGCCGAGACCAACUAUAAGGUGGGUCUAUGCUAUCUGAUGUUGAAUAAUUUCGAUGCCUCGAUCGAUUCGUUCCGGGCCGCGGUCGUUGAGCUGGAGAAGGUAACCGAGGCAGAAAAGGCGAAAGAGCAGACGGACGAGACGAAGGAAACGAUCAAGGAGCUGGUGGAAACCAAGAACGAUAUUCUGGAUAAGAUCCUCGACGUUGAAGAGGCGAAGAAAACGUCACUCGAAGAGGUGAAGCGGGAGCUGUCCAAGAUAAUCGCUUCCGGUGCUGCACCCAGCAGUAGUGCCACCAACGGAGCCGGCCCGUCAUCAUCGUCUUCGUCGUCCGUUGUGGCUGCUAACGGCUCCAAGUCAUCCACGGCGCCGACAGCCACAGCUACUGCCGGUGCCUCCUCUGCUAGUUCCACGACAGCCAAACCGGCCAAUGAUAUUUCGCACCUCAUAAAGCGCAAAAAGCCCGACAGUGCCAGCUCGGAAGAGUCUCCGGCCAAAAAAACCGCAACCGAACAGGAUAGCGUCUAGCGGGUUUCGUAAGCAGCGUAUCGCCUGCUCGCGCUCUCCGUAGGGAUGCCAAUGGCCAUCACGCGUACUUACGGAAAGCGGCCUCUUGAGGGCGGUUAAGUUCAAAGUUUCACAAUUUGAUCUGUUCCAAUUAUUUUGUUUAUUUGUUCCUGUAGGAAGCCUCAGCUGGGCAGCGUGUGUGCGAGCGGCUUUUUUUUCGGUUUUUACAUCGUUUACAACGUUUGAUGGUUUGUCGAACGAAAAAGAACAAGUUGUAGAUAUUUAAAUUAUUAGUUGCCCUUGCACGCGCGCUCGACGCUGUUUCAGUUUCAUCUCUCUGUUCUGUCUUUUACUGGCAUUCCAUUAAAAAAGUAACUGUGUGGAUUCAUGUUUCGUAAAUAAACAACACCGGCGAGUUUGCUAAG